AAAACGAAAUUAGGAUUAGAUAAACAAAAAUUAAAAUGGCGACUGUUGAAGGAGAAAAAAGAGAAAAUAUUUCUUUAAUGUGCUCAUCGUGUAAACGUAAAAGCAGGACAACAGAAGCGGAUAAUUAUUGUACAGAUUGUCAUGACUAUUACUGUUCAACUUGUGUGAAGUGCCAUGACGAUAUUCCGGCGUUAUCUGGCCAUAAAAUUCUUGACAAAGGACAUUUUGAGACAGGAACUUCGGAAGCUAUACCUGUUGUACCUACAGAACGAUGUAAGAGACACAGUUUUAAACCAGUAGAUAUGUACUGUCAGGAUCACGAUGAUGUGGGCUGUUACACAUGCAUGGCAGUGUCUCUCUACAGGUCAUGUAAGGACGUAUUUUAUAUACCCGAGUAUGUAGAAGGAGACAAGACUGCGGCCGAUUCUCAAGAAAUAAACCGAGACCUUAAGAAGGCAGAAGAUGAUUUAAAAAUUCAGCUUGACAAACACAAAGAAGAAGCUAAACGUCUUCUAAAGAGGAAGGUGGAGGAGGUCGAAAAAGUAAAAGAAUUUCGGUUAGAAAUGGAACGGAAACUUGAUGCACUAGAAAAAGAUACCAUUGAUGAAAUAGAGAAGAAAUAUAAAGUACUGAUAAAAAGGACUGAAGAUGACGUGUGUGCCCUUACAGCAUUACAAGAUGAUAUCAGUAUGUCACAAGAUAGCAUUUUAUCAGCUGGUUCUAAUAUGUCGCAACAGUUUGUGAGUCUGAUGAAGGGUAAAACAGCUACAGGAAAAGCCAAACGAUGCUUAGAAGACAAGACAUCAGACUUCUCUAGGCAAGAAUUUGUGUUUGACAGAAAUCAGCAGUUGCUCUCAAACCUAAUACAGGAAACACGUUUAGGUAAAAUAAAUCAACAACAUGCUUUGUAUAAACUUACGGGAAAGAAAUUAUACCCUAUAAAGCAUGAUUCAGACACAAAGACUUGCAGUAUAUACGGUGCAUGUAUGAUUGCUGAUGGAUCUGUAAUACUCGCAGACAACAGUAACAAAAAACUUAAACAUCUUGAUGCAUCUUCGUACAAAGUUGAUGAUGUAUGUGACCUGUCUUAUUGUCCGUGGCAGAUAUGUUCUGUUGAAAAGCACGGAGUAGCUGUAUCCUUUCAUAAAAGGGGUGCUGUAAAAAAGAUCCAAUUUGUUUCGACCGAAGGGAAAAUGAAAAAAACUAGGAUGCUGGAAACUGACCAUGGUUGUUACGGUAUAGCGCAUAAAAAUGGCCACUUAUAUAUUACUGAUUCCAACACGACAGUGUUCGUAUAUAACAUUACAGGGACAAAGCUGAAACAAUUCUCAAAAGACCAGUCGGGACAACCUUUGUUCAGUGAUAUCUACAGUCUUUUUGUCUGCCGAAAUGACAGUGAGAUCUAUGUAACAGAUUCUUCCUACGGACUUAUUGUUCUUGAUCAGGACGGAAAGCUGCUUGGAAAAUACAACUGCCCUCAGCUUAAACAUGCACGUGGAGCAUGUGAUAUUGACGAUGCAAAUGUCCUAGUAUGUGGUGAAUCAUCCAAUAAUAUCAUACAGUUUUCUCCAAAUGGUGCGGUAGUCGGAGAAGUACUUCCUUCGGAUCAAUGUAAUGGAAGUUGUAGGGCGAUUUGCUUUGAUCGCCAACAUUCUAAAAUAAUCGUUGGACAUGUUGGCAGGGACGAAAUUGAAAUUUUUGAUGUAGCGUAAACAUUGUUUUACCAGUGGUCGAGAUAAAAUCACGGCAGAUAUCUCUUCUAAAUAGAUAAUAAUUUUACAUUCACUCCAUAUAUAUUUAUUUUUUUUGAAGACAGCCAAACGUAACAAAAUAAAAUAUCUAUAUAGAAGUUUAUUUCACUUCAUGUAAAUCAAUAUUCAAAACACUAAAAACAACGAGGCAAUUCUUUAAUGAGAUCCUGUAGGUCUGGGUAUCUCUUUUAUUGAUUCAUGGGCUAAACAUUUAGGCAGCCUCCGGUAUAUAUUUGCCACUGAAUAUUGGAAAAAUAUAAGAGUUUUACUUAUUUAUAGUGAUCACAUUACAUCAAAAUUUGUUUGUUUUAUACUCGGGAGUGAAUACUUACAACGCAUUCCAAUGUUAAAUAUUUAUGAUUGCCUAUCUAGUGCUUGCUGUUUUUGUAUGCAAAUCAUUCGCGUUUCAGUUUAUUCUACCGUUCAUGUUUCUAUUGUACAUUAUGAAAUGAAUAUAUUUCAAUUAAAAUAAGCAACAAUAGGCUCUUUAUGUGCACACCAAUAGGACUGUAAAAAACGAAAGGAGUUUUGUUAUUAGACAUAUUAGUUUGUUUGUAUAACUACACAAGAAACAACACGAAAAUGAAACAUUUAUGACGAAACCAUGUAUUUUCGUCUCUUUGCAGGCAAAGAAAGUUUUACUAUAAAUUUCACAAGCGCUAUACUUUUUAAUAUCAUAAACUUAAAGAUUCAAUACGCACAUUAGACAAUCAGAAAGUGCGGUGUUUUCUUCAAAGCGGUAU